AUGAACUGCUUUCAAAUCCGUCUCAAGAUUCAAAGCAGUGCCAGAGACUAUGUAAAGCCUGGUGAUUGUAUCCUCCGCAUCUCGCCUGCUAAUGACGCCAAAGUGAUUAUUGCUGUGCCACUCGAGUCAAAACUGCGAUGGCUUCCUUCGUCCUACAGUAUCAAACUGAGUCCUGAGCUGAGCCUCGCGAUACCUGAUACUAUCUCGCUGAAAACGCACGCCGCUCGAAUCCUCAUGGAUCCGAGCGGCGUCGAUGACUCGGACUCGAAAGCAGAGGCAGUAGCAACUGCUGAGUCGAAUCGCGGAAGUGGCAAUGGAUCGACUCCAACAAGGUCGCCUGCCGGCAAAACCAAGCGCAAGACGAAGCGGUUGCUCUGGACGGAAGAGCUUCACCUGCGUUUCGUGUCUGCAGUAUUUGAAUUGGGGGUGAAGAAUGCGUCGCCGAAAGCUCUACUAGCCUUAAUGGAAAGCAAGCAUCCAACUGAGGGACUGACAACGGACCACAUCAAGUCGCACUUGCAAAAGUAUCGGAUCAGCUACGAACGUUCGAAGCUCGAGGCGCACAGGCUCAAUGAGAAGCAUGGCAAGCGGAGUUUAAAGCGUCAUCAUCGUCAUCAGCAGCAUCGAGAAACAGAAGACAAGAGCUCUGGAAACGCAUCGGUUGCCAGUACCUCGGAUCAUAUCGUAGUACAAGACACAAACCAGCAAUGGGAUAUGUGCGAUGCACUGCUUCUCGAAGAUGAGGCGUCAGAGCAGCAUAUGCACUCGACCAUGCAGCAGAGGAUGGAUUUCCACCGCGAGUUGCUACUCACGCGCAGUGUCGAGGUGCAGUCUGGGCUUUCCUGGGCUAACCGAAUGAGCAGUAUCAAUACUACUAACAAGGUGGCAGCCAAUGAUUACUACAAUGACCGGCACGAGUCGAGCUUUCUGCAAGCAUGGGCGAACGCAGAGCAGCUACGGCAACAACAAGAACAAGUCUACGGUCGGCUGCAUGAACAACAACAGAGCCUCUUCCAUCAAGCACAAGAGGCCGCACCCGUCGCACCAGUUUCAGUGGGCGGGUCCCUGCCAGAACCCCCACCAAGGUCAACUGAUGAGAUUAUGGAUACCGACGGCGGUGUGGACCUCACCAGCUGGGGCCGACUCAGUCUGACCGUGGACUCUGACGACGACGACGUCUUCGGCUUCCUGCGAUCCUAGGCGUAGUGUUGACGCGAGCUAUCGCACGAUUGGCGUUGGAACCAAUCGUAACUUGAAUUGCUAAUGAAAACGAGAUAGAAUCUUACUUACAUCGAUCGAC